UAGUCCACAUGAAAUAGAUAAGAUGGAAAGCUGCUUUCUAUCAACAAUAGCAAUAAAAACAAGCCCCUCUGCUGCUACUCUCUCUACAUCUGCCUCUAACCAUGGCCACAGCCAAAACACUGCUGCUGUCACCCACAGCAGUUCUACCACUACGACGACCAGCAACGGUUCAUAAUACUGCUACACUGAAAAGAAGAUCAUGCUAUGUAACGUUGAAGGUGUGUAACAUGGCAAAGGAGAGUGAUGACACUGUUGGCAAUGGCAUUGUAGAGAUUGGAGCUGCAGUAGGAGGAUUGGUAUCAAACCCGGUGAUCGGGUGGUCUCUAUAUACGCUCAAGACGACCGGAUGUGGCCUGCCGCCUGGGCCCGGUGGCUCAAUCGGGGCUCUUGAAGGUGUGAGCUACCUAGUAGUCAUUGGCAUCAUUGCUUGGUCCUUGUACACUAAGGCGAAAACAGGCUCGGGCCUUCCAAAUGGGCCGUUCGCACUUUUGGGUGCAGUCGAAGGCCUGUCCUACUUAUCGCUGCUCGCCAUCUUGGUUGUGUUUGGGUUGCAAUUCUUGGAGCGGGGCUACCUGCCCGGGCCACUGCCCAGCGACCAGUGUUUUGGCUGAGCUUAUUGGAUAAGAAAAUGGUGCUUGUUCUUGGUGGCGAUCGAUGAACAGAAUGGAUUUUACACACGUCCCGUGCUCACACGUGUCUUGAAGAGAAUUCCUCUCUACCCCAAUAUCAUCCCAUCUCUCAAAAUUUCAACUUAUGGAAUUAUUCUCUUCUAUUGUGACAGCUUUUAGGUUAUCCUCUUCUUUGGGCCAUGUUUCUGUAUCAUGUUGACUUUAAAAUUCAAGGAAAAAAGAAAAGUCAUUGUUUGUUGCAAUGCAAUGGAUUGGAUUUUGU